CUAUGAAACCCACUGGUUGCACUUCUCUAUAAGAAGACUCGAUAAACCUGAAUACGAGUACAAGAGUUCUAUAGAAAAAGCAUUUUUUGUUGCACUGUUUGAUAAGUUACCGUCUUACAGAUAUCUAUUUCUUUGUUCUGUAUUUUGGUUCUGAUAUAAAGUUGCAUGUGAAGAUGGCUGAAUAUGGACCUGCAGUUGGGAUUGAUCUGGGAACAACCUACUCUUGCGUCGGAGUUUGGCAACAAUAUCGAGUUCAAAUCAUUGUUAAUGAUCAGGGUAACAGAACUACAUCAUCUUGUGUUGCUUUUACUGAUACAGAGCGUUUUAUUGGCGAUGCGGCUAGAAAUCAGGUUGCCCUCAAUCCGGAAAACACCAUCUUUGAUGCUAAGAGGUUAAUAGGAAGGAAAUUCACAGAUUCAACCGUACAAAGUGACCUGAAGGUCUGGCCAUUUAAGGUGAUUGAUAAGGACAACAAACCAAUGAUAGUUGUAAAUUACAAAGGUGUGGAGAAACUGUUUUCUCCUGAGGAGCUGUCUUCAAUGGUUCUUAUUAAGAUGAAGGAAAUCGCUGAAAAUUUUUUGGGAAAGAAAAUAAAAGAUGCUGUUGUCACUGUUCCUGCACACUUCAAUGACUCGCAGCGCCAGGCUACAAAAGAUGCAGGAACAAUAGCUGGCCUCAAUGUGUUGCGUAUCCUUGUUGAGCCUACAGCUGCUGCCGUAGCUUAUGGUCUUGAUCAAAAGCUUACAAAUACUUUGACUGGGGAGAAAAUCGUGCUCAUUUUUGAUCUGGGUGGCGGUACUUUUGAUGUUUCUUUACUUAAGAUCAAAAAGGAUAUAUUUGAAGUACUGGCUACAGCAGGGGACACUCACCUUGGAGGAGAAGACUUUGACAAUCGUAUGGUAAACCAUUUUGUUGAGGAAAUUAAAAUGAAGCACAAUAAAGACAUUAGCGUCAAUGCUAAAGCUUUAAGAAGACUGAGAAAUCAUUGUGAGAGGGCAAAGAGGAUUCUUUCUUGUAAUGCCAUGACAACUAUUGAUAUAGAUUCUUUGUACGAGGGAAUUGAUUACACUGGAAAAAUCAGCCGUGCAAAAUUUGAGGAUUUAAACAUGGAUAUGUUUAGAAGUUGUUUGGAUAUUGUGGAGAAGUGUCUCGAAGAUGGGGGGAUGGAGAAGAGCAGGGUCCAUGAUGUUGUUCUUGUGGGUGGAUCUACUAGAAUUCCCAAAGUGCAGCAGCUAUUGCAAGAAUUUUUUGAUGGGAACGAACUCUGCAAGAGUAUUAAUCCAGAUGAGGCUGUUGCUUGUGGUGCUGCUAUACAAGCUGCUGUACUAAGUGGUGCAACUGAAAAUAUUAUCAGAGAUAUAGUGCUGCUUGAUGUUAGUCCUCUUUCACUUGGAGUUGACAUGGAGGGUGAAGUGAUGAGUAUCAUAAUUCCAAGAAACACAACAAUUCCUACCAGCAAACAAAGCCAUUACAAUAAUUCUUGUGAUUACCAGAAAUCCAUCUUGUUUAAAGUGUACGAGGGUGAGAGACCGUGUUCCAAAGAUAACAACUUACUGGGUGAACUAAGACUCAAUGGCAUACCUUCUGGCCUGAGGGAUGAAGUUAAAGCUAGUGUUACGUUUGACAUUGAUCUAAAUGGGGUGUUACAUGUUACCGCGGAGUGUAAGAUUAAUGGGGUGAAGACGAAUGCAACAAUAACCAACGACAAGGGAAGACUUGCAGCAAAUGAGAUUGAGAGGAUGACACGAGAUGCUGAGACUUACAGAGCUGAAGAUGAGUUGUUUAUGAAAAAUAUCAAGGCAAUGAAUGCAUACGAAGAUUAUGCAUAUAACAUGAGGAGUGCCAUUAGAGCUGCAGGCAAUCUUAACUCAGCAACUAAGAAGAAGGCGGAGAAUGCUAUCAAGGAGGCUAUUCAGUGGGUUAAUGCUAAUAGGAGUGCUGAAGCUGCUGAGUACAACUCUAGAAAGAGUGACCUCGGAGCUUUUUUCAAUUCUAUGAUUCCAAGCCAUACAGGCAUCAAGAUUGAGGAAGUUGAAUAAUUUCCGGAUUAUGAUAUUUCUUUUGUGUGUGGUGAAAUAUUCAGAAAACUGUCUUGCAUAUGGUGGACAGCUGUAUUAAAAUUUGAUUUCGAAUGUAAUGGAUGAUGAUGGUCUGUUCAGACUUCUAGUAUUUUGAGCAAUUGUCUCUGUUUGUUGCAU